AUGAAAAAUAGAAUCUUACAAAUUUCAGAUCAGUCGUUCCAUAAUAAAAACUUAAAACUCAUCCGUCAGCUCUUCCUAGACAACUCAUACCCAAACACACUAAUCACUAAACUGCUAUUUAACACAACUAAUGAUACAUUACCCGAAACACAAACCAACCCUGCUCACAUACCACAAAACAUUAAUCCCACAAUAGACACAACCGACGCUAUAUUAACCCCACGUAAAUACUUUAAAUUACCAUUCAUACAAGACUUAACACCGAAACUUACACGAAUUUUUAAAUCAGUCGACGAGAAUAUAAAAAUAGCCAAUUACACAGUUCUAACAAUCGGUUCCAUUUUCACUAAGAUCAAAGACAAAACACCUACAGACCAGUUGUCGAAUAUCGUCUAUUGUAUUCCUUGUGCAAGUUGCAACAAACAAUACAUUGGACAAACAAAUAGACAUCUUAAAGGCCGUAUUGCAUCACAUAAAAGUGACAGUAGACUAUACCCUGAUAGAUGCUCCCUUGCAAAACACGUACAUGACGAACAACAUAUAAUCAACUAUAAUGAAACAAAGAUCCUUGCAAUGGAAAAUAACCUCAACAAAAGACUCUUCCUUGAGAUGGCAUUUAUCACCCAAACUGAUUACUUGAUAAAUAAGAAAUCAGAUGUCGAGCAUCUGAGCCCUCUCGGAGAGGAGAAGAACACAUUGGAAAUUACGGAAACAAUAGCUUUACAUACAUGUAACGAAGAAGGUGCGAGUCGACCUGAUGAAGAAAUAAAAUGUGAAAUUUGUUUUAAGCAAUUUAGUCUUAAUGGACAUUUGAAAGAACAUUUGAAAGUGCACACUGGUGAAAAACCUUACAAGUGUGAAAUUUGUUUUAAGCAGUUUAGUCAAAAUGAACAAUUAAAAACGCAUUUAAGAGUACACACUGGAGAGAAGCCUUACAAGUGUGAAAUUUGUUCUAAGCAAUUUACUCAAGAAGGAAAUUUGAAAAGACAUUUAAGGAUACACACUGGAGAAAAGCCUUACAAGUGUGAUAUUUGUUUAAAACAGUUUUCUCAUAAGAAUUCUUUGGAUAUACAUAAAACAGGUCACACUGGUAAAAAACCUUUCAAAUGUGAAAUUUGUUUUAAGAAAUUUAGUCUUAAUGGACAUUUGAAAGAACAUUUGAAAGUGCACACUGGUGAAAAACUUUAUAAGUGUGAAAUUUGUUAUAAGCAAUUUACUCAAGAAGGGAAUUUGAAACGACAUUUAAGGAUACACACUGGUGAAAAACGUUAUAAGUGUGAAAUUUGUUAUAAGCAGUUUAGUCAAUAUGGAAAUUUGAAAAGGCAUUUGAGAGUGCACACUGCUGAAAAACCUCACGAGUGUGAAAUUUGUUCUAAGCAAUUUACUCAAGAAGGAAGUUUGAAAGGACAUUUAAGGAUACACACUGGAGAAAAGCCUUACAAGUGUGAUAUUUGUUUAAAACAGUUUUCUCAUAAGAAUUCUUUGGAUAUACAUAAAACAGGUCACACUGGUAAGAAACCUUUUAAAUGUGAAAUUUGUUUUAAGAAAUUUAGUCUUAAUGGACAUUUGAAAAAACAUUUGAAAGUGCACACUGGUGAAAAAUGUUGUAAGUGUGAAAUUUGUUCUAAGCAGUUUCCAUCAGCAAGUCGCUUGAAACAGCAUUUGAGAGUGCACACUGGAGAAAAACCUUACAAGUGUGAAAUAUGUUUUAAGCAGGUUACUAAACCAAAUAUGAAAAGACAUUUGAGAGUACACACUGGAGAAAAGCCUCAUCAAUGUGAAAUUUGUUCUAAGCAAUUUACUCAAGCAAAGAGUUUGAAAGGACAUUUAAGGAUACACACUGGAGAAAAACCUUAUAAGUGUGAAAUUUGUUUUAAUCAAUUUAGCCUAGAACAAAAUUUAAAAAUGCAUUACAAGAUGCAUACUGGAGAGAAACCCCACUCAUGUGAAAUUUGUCUUAAGAAAUUUAUGCGAGCAAGUGAUUUGAAAAUACAUUUGAGAGGGCACACUGGUGAAAAACGUUACAAGUGUGAAAUUUGUUCUAAGCAGUUUAGUAAAACAAGGAAUUUGAAAGUUCAUUUGAGAGUACACACUGGAGAGAAACCUUACAAGUGUGAAAUUUGUUUUAAGCAAUUUAGUCAAAAUGUAAAUUUGAAAGAGCAUUUGAGAGUGCACACUGGUGAACAACCUCACAAGUGUGAAAUUUGUUCUAAGCAAUUUAGUAACAAGGCACAUUUGAAAAGGCAUUUUUUAGUACACACUGGAGAAAAAGCCUUACAAGUGUGAAAUUUGAGAGUGUAUACUGGGGAGAAACCUUACAAGUGUGAGAUUUGUUUCAAGCAAUAUAGUCGAGCAAUUGGUUUGAAAUUACAUUUGAGAGUGCACGCGAAAGAGAGAUCGUAAGUGGGAAAUUUAUUUUAAACCUUCCGUCGCCACUUUCAUUAAAAAACAAACUUACCAUCUAUAAAACAAUACUCAAACCAGUGUGGCCAUACGGAAUCGAGCUGUGGGGCUGUAGCAAACCAUCCAACACCAAAAUACUACAGACAUUCCAGUCAAAAACUAUUCGUAUGUUAGCUAAAGCCCCAUGGUACGUGUCAAACCAAACCCUUCAUGCAGACCUCAACAUUCCCUUAAUCAAUGAUGUGAUUGCUGACCACUCCAGAAGAUACAUGAAUCGCAGCGCUGAUCAUCCAAACCAUCUCAUAGACGAACUAUUCAACCCUCCACUAAUUGACAGACGCCUAAAAGACUUUGGCCAGAAGACCGACGUUUGUCUCACCGCAGCAAAAUCUCAAAGGAACCGUGACGUCACAUAGACACUGACAACUGAAAACAAAAUACUAAAAGAACUGUGACGUCACUUCUAAAGUGACAUAACAUAAAGUGACAACUGACAAAUACGUCAUACUUAUAACUUUAUAAAAAUAUACAAAAAUAAU